CACACUUAACAGAUUAAACGUACGUUUUCUUCCACUGCCUUUCCACGGACUUACUCAACGCCGACAAAGGCAAGAGAAAGAGCCUAGAAGAAAGACACUCUGCUCAACGCGCAGAUAGUCAAUAAUGCUUGCACGACGCCAUUUCUAUUCUCCAUGAACAACACAAUCAGCCCAUCAAACCCUCUUUUUUCACUCCAUUUUUUCACCUUUUCCAGUAUUUAAAAAAUAAGCAAAAAAAAUAAAUUCUUGUGAAGAAAUAAUUGAUCGUUCCAAAGAUAAUUAUUACUAAUUAUGGUUAAAAAACGGGUACCCGAUUGGCUCAAUAGCUCCCUGUGGUCCUCCCCGCAACCCCAACCGCCGCCGCAGAGUAGUGAUGCCGUGGAAUCUCGUGACCCGCCAGCACGUGCCGCCGAGAAGUCGGCUGUAGUGGAGUCUAUUGUCGAACAGCCGGUGCCGGUGCCCCCACCGCCUGUAACUAGACCUGUUGAGCCACCAAGUUCUUUUGUUCACAGUAGUAGCACAAGUGUGAAAGGGGAAAAUAGUGAUCUGUUGAGCUGUCAUAAUGGCAGUAAUUAUGGAAAUAAUAACAACCAUAAUUAUAAUAGCGAGGAGGAUAAUGGGAGCUCUUCUACCAACUCUACUACUGCAUCCACUGCUUCUGUUGGUGCAAACGCAUUUGCAGCUGCUAGUUCUUUGGCUAUUGACAUUUCUUCCCAAGCCCAGCUUUUACAAGAGCUGUCAAGGAAGAUUAUAAAUAUGGGAGAACUGCGAAGGAUAGCAUCACAAGGGAUACCUGAUGGAGAUGGCAUUCGUGCAACGGUGUGGAAGCUGUUAUUGGGGUAUCUUCCACCCGAUCGCGCACUUUGGCCUUCAGAGUUGGCCAAGAAGAGGUCUCAGUAUAAGCAUUUCAAAGAGGAGCUAUUGAUGAAUCCUUCAGAUAUUACAAGGAAGAUGGAAAAAUCAAAUCUUGAGAACAAUAAACCAGAUGGAGAGGAUAAGGGUUUUCUCUCAAGAUCAGAGAUAACUCAUGGAGAGCAUCCAUUAAGUCUUGUGGAGAGUAGCAUAUGGAAUCAAUUUUUCCAGGAGACUGAGAUUAUAGAACAGAUUGAACGAGAUGUCAAGCGCACUCAUCCAGACAUGCACUUUUUCUCGGGGGACUCAGCUUUUGCAGAAUCCAACCAAGAGGCUUUGAAGAACAUAUUGAUUGUAUUUGCAAAGUUGAAUCCUGGUAUAAGAUACGUGCAAGGGAUGAAUGAAAUCUUGGCACCAUUAUUCUAUGUGUUAAAGAAUGACCCCAAUGAGGAAAAUGCUGUCUCUGCUGAAGCAGACACUUUCUUCUGUUUUGUGGAGUUGUUGAGUGGAUUUCGGGAUAAUUUUGUUAAACAACUUGAUAACAGUGUUGUGGGGAUAAGAGCCACUAUAACAAGAUUAUCACAGCUUCUGAAGGAGCAUGACGAAGAACUCUGGCGUCAUCUUGAGAUUACAACAAAAGUCAAUCCCCAGUUUUAUGCAUUCAGGUGGAUGACACUCCUUCUGACCCAAGAAUUCAAUUUUGCAGACUGUCUCCUAAUAUGGGACGCACUCCUGAGUGACCCUGAUGGUCCUCAAGAUACUCUGCUCAGAAUUUGUUGCGCCAUGUUGGUUAUCGUCCGGAGAUACUUACUUGCAAGCGACUUUACGUCUAAUCUUAAUUUACUCCAACACUAUCCAUCGAUAAAUAUCUGUCAGCUGCUUUAUGUUGCAGACAAGUUGCGCAUUCACGGUCUAGGCUAAGUUUUGAAUCGCAUAUCUUGUAUGGUUUCAUUAUCAUCAUUUUAAAUGGUAUUUCUUGUAAAAUUUCAAAAUGUAAAUUCAGUGAGAGUUGUUCUUAGGUUUUCUUUUCCGGUUUGUAUUUCGACCUUUGGCAAGGUUGUGUAUUGUAGAUUUUGAGAUUCAGACAUGUUGUUGUGGUUUUUUUUGGAAUUUUUUGCUUCUGUCAAUCAGUUAACAGUAAAUAAAGCAGUCAA